AGUAGCCUAAGACGAACAGUAUUUGGGACAAAACUCGUAGUGAUCGAGUAUCGUCAAGAAAACGCCUAGGCAUAUCUUUAUUCUAUGCGAAAUAGCUGUCAGAAAGAAUAGAAUAGCUUAAUCCACCUCAUCUAAGGAAUGGCAGACGACCUCUUCAAUGCUCGGAAGAUAUUCAUAGACAGUGUGUCGAAGACAGUGAUCAAGCAGCUUCUGGACGACCUUUUGGAGGACAAGGUGCUGAACGAUGAAGAGACAGAUUCAGUGACGGAGGAGAACAGCGCUAGGGCAGAGCAGGCACGAUGCCUCAUCGAUAUGGUGCGGAAGAAAGGGGACAAAGCCAGUGAGAAGAUGAUUGCCCGAGUUCAGGAGAGAGAUCCUGGACUUCAUGACAAAUGUGCUCUGGCCCCCAGGCAGCUUGCCCAGAUGACACCAUCAUCGCCCCAGUUAUCACAACAGGAGGAGCACCCAGUGUCCUCUGUCCUCAGCACCAAGGACUUUAAGGAGGACAUUCUUCAGAGGAAGGGUCAUGAGGUUUACGUUCCAAUGGAUAAGUCUGGUCGGAAGCGCCUGGCCCUGCUCAUAAACAACGUGGAGUUUGAUGAUGAGAACAUGCUGAGACGAGGGGCAGUGAAGGAUGAGGAGAACAUGGAGAGGCUUCUCAGUGAUCUGGGAUAUGAUGUGGUGAAACACAGAAAUCUGUCUGGACAGGAGAUGGACGAGGCUGUGAAAGCGUUCUCUAAACGUGAAGAGCAUUCAUUGUCGGACAGCGUCUUCGUGGUGAUGAUGUCUCACGGGGAGCUGGGAGUCAUCAUGGGUGUCCACUACAAGGAAGGGGACCCUAAACCUGAUGUCUUCCCCAUCAACAACAUCUUCAUACACCUGAACACAGAGAACUGCAAAGCACUGAUUAACAAACCCAAAGUCAUCCUCAUUCAGGCCUGCAGGGGAGGCAAGGACGGUUCUGUUUGGGUCAGUGACGCGGUGCCUGGGCCCAGCCCUGUCCUGGGGUUAGAGAGUGACUUAAUCAGGAGGGAGCACAAAGAGAAGGACUUCAUCUCCCUUCUGUCCUGCACACCAGAUACUGUGUCCUACAGAGAUCCAAAGAUGGGCAGCUUGUUUGUCCAGCACAUCAUGGAGACAUUCAACACCUAUGCCCAUAAGGAUCAUAUAGAAGAAUUGUUCAGGAAGGUCAUGGGUCGCUUUGAAGAUUUCCCGAGACAGAUGCCGACCAAAGACAGAGCCACUCUAACAAAGCACUUCUACCUCUUCCCAGGCCUCUGAGAAGUUGUGAUGGCUGAUGAAUUGUACUGUAUUCACAAUGGAGGAAUAAGGGAGGAACAUUGUUUUAGUUUUUUUUGUACGAUCAUCACCAGUAUGUUUUAAUUUGAUACUUAGAAUUAACCUUUUAACAUAUUAUUUUAUCAUCAACAAAUUAUUUAUCAUCAGCGAAUUAAAAUAUCCUCCUGUAGAGCUAGGUAGUCUUUUGUUCCAGCCCUGCACUAACACACCUGAUUCAGCUAAUUAAAGUCAAGAUGAGCAGCUAAUUAGUAGGAACAAAAGCGUAUGGGUACUAGGUUACCCAGUAACUCUCCAGGAGGAAGAUUGGCCACUCCUGUUUUCACAUUUGGAAGGUGACAAAAGCACUGUGUGCGAAAUACAAUUUUCUCACUGCACUGAAAAACAUGUAAUACUUUUAACAGAUGUGAUGUGCCUUUGGCUACAAAUGAAAUGUAGGUUAAUUUUGCCUAUCCACUAUUGUUAGGCAGUGAGCAAGCUUGUCUAUUUGUAUUUAUUAAGGAUCCCCAUUAGCCAAGGCAGCAGCUGCUCUUCCUGGGGUCCAGCAACAUUA